AUGUGGGAUUCUCUUCAGAUAGCUCAUGAAGGAAAUAAGGUUGUUAAGGAGAACAAGAUACAGCUAUUCAAAGUUCAGUAUGAGGUUUGUAAGAUGGAAGAACGAGAAACUGUUGCUGAGUACAUGUUCAGGAUCAAUGACCUUGUUAACAAUAUGAGAGCUCUUGGUGAAGAUAUUAAGGAUGUUGAUGUUUGUAAGAAGAUACUGAGGUCACUCAUUUCUAGAUUCAAUUCUAAAGUGACAAUUCUCGAAGAUAAAGAUCUUUCUGGAAUGAAGAUUGACGAGCUUCAAGUCUCUAUCACUGCCUAUGAAAUGCGAAUUAGUGUUCCAGCUAUUCAUAGAAGAGAAACUGCUCUUAAAGCAAAUGAAGUUAUUAAAGAAACUGAAACAAAGUCUGAAGAUGAUCUUGAAGAAGAUGAGGUAGCCUACCUUGCUAAGAAAUUUAGGAAGUUCAUGUUUAAAAAGAAGAAUCAGCUGCAAAAUGUAACCUGUUAUGGUUGUGGUAAACCUCGUCAUAUUGUAUCUAAUUGUCCAAACUCAAAGGGGCAAAGUCAGAAGAAGAAUGAGGGUGAUCCUGAAGAAUAUAAAUCCGAGGAGACACAAAAAGAUGAAGGUCUCUUUAUGGUAAUUCUCGAAGCACCACAAACUUCAGUUCAAGUUGAAAAAGAUAGUGACACUGAGAUUGACGAAAUUCUUGAAGAAUAUGAAAGGCUUGCAUGGUCUACCAAGAAGUGUAAAGAAGAACUAUCUCUCAUUUUUGAAGAAAGAUUCCUAAAGAUAGUUGAGAUCCGGAAGCAAUCCAUAAAGCAAAUUGGGAAGACUGGAAUUGGCUAUGUGUGUAAUUCAGCCACGAAGGUCAAUCAAACUCAUUCUGUAUUUGUCAAAGCCACAACUGGUGAAGUGUAUGCACAGUUUCCUAUCAUAAAACCUCCAAGGUUCAAGGGUGAGUUACUGAAUAACACCUACAGUGCUCUAAGCUUCAACAGGAGAUACUUUGUUACCUCGGCUAUAAGGAAUUUCAAGAUAACUAAAAUGUAUGUAAAGAAGUCAGACUUAGCUUCAGCUCAGAAGGUCAAGGACAAAGGAUCAUUGGUGAUGAUGAAAAUGAUGUGGAUUCCUAAGAAGCUGAACUCUGUGAGUCUUCUUAUGUAUACAACCUUUAAAGCUUGUAAUAUUCAGGACAAAUGGUAUGUUGAUAGUGGUUACUUAAUAUUCAGGACAAGUGGUUCCAAAUUUAAUUCUUUAAAGCAGUUUGAUGGUGAAAAUGUUAUCUUUGGAGAUAAUCAAAGAGCUAAGAUUGUUGGAAUUGCUACUGUGAGUAAGUCUGAAGAAUUACCAGAAAUUCAAGAAGUUCUAUUAGUUGAAGGACUCAAACAUAAUCUCCUCAGCGUUAGUCAAUUGUGUGACAGUGGGAAGGAAGUCUACUUCAAUAAAGAAAGAUGUAAUGUGAUUGAUCUUGAAUCAAAACAAGUUUUGUUCUCAGCUAAUAGAUUUUCAGGAAAUAUGUACACAGUCACUGAAGCAAGUUAG